AUGGCAACCAAUUUAGCUGUUAGUUUAGGAGCAACAGUGACCAUGAGUUCAGUCUAUGGUUCUGAUUAUGUUGCUGCAAAGGCUAUAGAUGGCAAUCCAAAAGAUGUUACUGGACAGCCACUUGAUGGUACUGAUUGUGCUGCUACAAAAUAUUCCUUGAAUCCUUGGCUUCGAGUUGACUUGCAAAAGGAAUAUCUUGUGUCACGUGUUAGAGCUAUCCUUUAUGAUCACAAAGGUCAAAAUGUGUAUGUCCAUGUUGGUAACAACUUAACAAAGGAUGGAAAUGACAACCACGAGUGUGGAAAGGCUCCAUAUGACAGCUCUACUGACAAGGAUGCAAUAUGGCGAGAUGUUAGCUGCAGUCCACCAGUUUGGGGAAGAUACAUUAAUUUACAGAGAAUAGUGACAAGUAACAUUCUUCAUGUAUGUGAGAUGGCUUUCAACUAUGAGUUGGAGAUUGCUAUUCUAGACAAUAAUAUGAAUAUUGAAGGAACGAGUGUGGCAGUUGAUGAGAAUCAAGAUUACUCUAAUCCUAUUGAUUGUGGUGUCAGUCCUGAUGUGACCAACUUUACUGCUCUCUUGCAAUGGAAACACAACACAACCAAUGAUGUACCAUCGUCAAGUGUACAGACUACUGGUGUAUAUCAGGUGUAUGAGAAUGGUGUGCAGCGGCUCUACAUCAAGUCAGCCAGUACCUCUGACAGUGGAGUGUAUUCAUGCCAAUAUACUGCAACUGAUGGCUCUAUAGUGUCAAAGUCAUUUACAUUGAAUGUUACUGUGGGUAUGGCAACCAAUUUAGCUGUUAGUUUAGGAGCAACAGUGACCAUAAGUUCAGUCUAUGGUUCUGAUUAUGUUGCUGCAAAGGCUAUAGAUGGCAAUCCAAAAGAUGUUACUGGACAGUCACUUGAUGGUACUGAUUGUGCUGCUACAAAAUAUUCCUUGAAUCCUUGGCUUCGAGUUGACUUGCAAAAGGAAUAUCUUGUGUCACGUGUUAGAGCUAUCCUUUAUGAUCACAAAGGUCAAAAUGUGUAUGUCCAUGUUGGUAACAACUUAACAAAGGAUGGGAAUGACAACCACAAUUGUGGAAAGGCUCCAUAUGAUGACUCUACUCACAAGAAUGUAAUAUGGCGAGAUGUUAGCUGCAGUCCACCAGUUUGGGGAAGAUACAUUAAUUUACAGAGAAUAGUGACAAAUCACAUUCUUCAUGUAUGUAGGGUGGCUGUCAACUAUGAGUUGGAGAUUACUAUUCAAGACAAUAAUAUGAAUAUUGAAGGAACAAGUGUGGCAGUCGAUGAGAAUCAAGAUUACUCUAAUCCUAUUGAUUGUGGUGUCAGUCCUGAUGUGACCAACUUUAAUGCUCUCUUGCAAUGGAAGCACAACAUGACUAUUGAUGUACCACCUUCAAUUGCACAGAUUGUGUAUGAGAAUGGUGUUUCGAAGCUCUACAUCAAGUCAGCUAGUGCCUCUUCCAAUGGUCUGUAUACAUGCCAAUAUACUGCAACUGAUGACUCUAUAGUGUCAAAGUCAUUUACACUGAUCGUCAAUGUAAACUGUGAAUGGAGCUCAUGGUCAGAUUGUACAUCAUCAUGUAGUUUUGGAACUCAUACUCGUACACGAGCACGUCUUAAGCAACACAAUGGAAUGGACUGUGUGGGGUUGCCAACUGAGAACUGUGACAGCAAACAACCACCAUGUAAGGACGGUGGGAUUUUUGUGCUUGGUGUGUUAUGGAGAGUUGAACUUUAUGAUAUGAUUGCAGGUGCACCAACAGCUGAGCAGAUUACAGAAGUUUCUUUUGAUGAGUCGUCAGUGCAAGAGUUAAGUUGCUCAGCUUCACAGUAUUCUGGUCUGAGUGGAGACAUUACAUUUGGAUGGUACAGAGAAGAGAAUGGAGUUGAUUCAGCUAUUGUAUUAGACUCUCGAGUAACAAAGUCGUUGAAUAAUGAUGGUGUGGGCAAAUUUACUGGGAAAUUGAAAUUUGGAUCUGUGAAGCGUUCAGAUAGAGGAAUAAUCAAGUGCAGGGCUUUUAACAAGUAUGGUGCUAGUGAUAUGUCUUCAGCUACUUCAGUUGAUGUCAAAUAUGCUCCUGAAUUUGUUGAAAUUAUACCACCCAAUCCAGUGGGUGUGAAAGGACAAAGUAUCACAUUAAACUGUUCUGCUGGUGGUAAUCCCUCUCCAGAUUAUGAAUGGAGAGGAGGCAAGAGUGCAACAGGAUCUACUCUGGAAUUAACAUCACUUGAAUUUAAGGAUGAAGGGACAUACACAUGUGUUGCUAAUAACAUUAUUGAGGCUGGUGGUAGGUCCACUAUUGCAUCAGUACAGUUGACAAUUGAAGGUCCUCCACAGAGAUGUGUUGUGUUGUCAGUUGAAAGCUAUAAUGACUCUGAAGUGAAUGUCACAGUCAACUGUCCCGAAAAUGGAAACUCAAGUGUAACUGAAUAUCGCAUAGAAUAUCAGUUGGAUAGUGGCACCGGCAACAUGCAGUGGGAACAAAGAGAAUUCAGUGCUAGUGAUCCUCAUCCGUUUGUUGUUGUUGGUCUCAGUCCAUUUACAAAGUACAGAUUUAGAGCAACAGCAAGCAACAGGCAUGGCUAUGAACCUGGAAGUUUGGCAUCUGUUAAUGUGGUGCCUGUGACUACUGCUGAAGGCUAUCCCAGUUCUCCUAAUUCAGUGAGUUUAUCAGGAAAUGCUUCUGCUCACUGGUUUGUUGUGUCUUGGUCACCUCCUAGUACACCUAAUGGUGUUCCUCGCUAUUACUUUGUUCACUACAAACCAAUUGGUGUUCGUCAAGUGAGAGAUGUGGAUGGGUACAAGAGACUGAAUGUAACAACCACUUUGGCCAAUUUGACAAUGCUCACUCCAUUUACACAAUACAUUGUUGAGGUGGUAGCAGUGAACGUUCGGUCUCAUGAUGGUAAGGUGUUGGAAGGACAAAGAAGUACUGCCAUUGUUGCCAACACAUCAGAAGAUGCACCGAAUCCACCUCAGAAUUUGAGAAAUUCAAGUGUGACAGCAAGUUCAAUUAUUCUACAAUGGGACAGGCCUAUUAGCUUUAAUGGGGCUUUUCAGUACUACACUGUUUACAACAGUAUUGGUGAUCAUGAUGCUCCGUACAGCAAGAGUCCCGACCUUGAGAGUCGUGAAAACUUAUACACUUUGGCGGGCCUCAAACCAUAUACUGUUUACAAAAUAUAUGUGACAGUAACGAAUAACGCAAAGUCUAAUCCAGAAAGUUUUCGUAGUAACAUGAUUACAGUACGCACACUGGCAUUAACACCAACUCCACCUCAGCGUGUGAGAAAUUCAAGUGUGACGUCAAAUUCAGUUUCUAUUCAGUGGGAUUCUCUCUUGAACUCAAAUGACAUCAUUCACUUUUACACAGUUUACUAUAGCAUUGAUCGAUCACAGUAUGACACGUCUUCUGACAUUCCCAUUAGUCAAAAUACAUACACGUUGAUGAAUCUUAGUCCAUACACAACAUACUUCAUAUACAUGUCAGUUACAAACAAUGCCAGCUUCAAACCAGAAAGUUUGCGUAGCAACGUUAUUCAAGUGCAAACUCUUCGGUCUUCUCCACUUAAACCAGAUAAACCAUUAGCUGGUGACACAAGAUCAUCGGCAACAACUAUAGCAUUGGUGCCUCCAAGUGUUGUUGAUGAUUCCAAUGGUCCAAUAAAGUGCUGCUAUACGUUUUAA